CGCGCGUGCCUGCCUUGGGCUCGCGCAGGGGCGCCAGGGCUGGCAUGGACCAGUACCAGAAAAUCGAAAAGGUGGGUGAGGGCACCUAUGGCAUUGUUUACAAGGCGCAGGAUUCUGCAGGGGAAGUCUUUGCGCUGAAAACCAUCCGGCUUGAGGCAGAAGAUGAGGGCAUUCCUAGCACUGCAAUCCGGGAAAUUUCUCUCCUGAAGGAACUGCAGCACCCAACAUCGUGAAGCUUUGUGAUGUGAUCCACACCGAGAGAAAGUUGACCUUAGUCUUCGAGUAUUUGGAUCAAGAUCUCAAGAAGCUUCUGGACAUGUGUGAAGGAGGAUUGGACUCUGCCACCACAAAGUCCUUUCUCUACCAGCUCUUACUGGGAAUUGCGUAUUGCCACGCUCAUCGGGUGCUUCACCGUGACUUGAAGCCGCAGAAUUUGCUGAUCAAUCGAGAGGGCUCUUUGAAGCUCGCAGACUUUGGCUUAGCCAGGGCUUUCGGCAUUCCUGUGAGGAGCUACACCCAUGAGGUGGUGACCUUGUGGUAUAGAGCCCCAGAUGUGCUGAUGGGUUCUCGCAAGUACUCCACCCCAGUAGACAUUUGGUCAGUUGGGUGUAUCUUUGCAGAGAUGGUCACUGGCCGUCCUUUGUUCCCUGGAGACACUGAUGCCAAUCAGCUCCAGAAGAUCUUCAGGAUCUUGGGGACUCCGUCAGCAGAGACUUGGCCAACCAUCACUGAAUUGCCAGACUGGAAGCCAGACUUUCCAGUCUUUGAACCCCAGGCCUGGACUUCAAUAACACCUACUCUGGAACCUCAGGGCAUGGAUUUGAUGACCAAAUUUCUUCAGUAUUGGCCGGACCGACGGAUAUCUGGCAAAGCAGCUAAAGACCACGACUACUUCAAGGGGCUCAGUGAUGCAGAUAUAGCAGCUAAGACAAUGAAGUGAGUCAAACGUGGCACCCGAAGUCGUUGCCCGUUGGACCCAUGUUGUUGCCACGGCAUGUGAUUCUUGCCAACUGGAGCCAAUCGAUUUGCUCCUGAAACAACACAACAGCAAUGCACUUGACACCAGAUGACACCAGAUGACACCAGAUGUCAGUACCAAAAGAAUACCAAAAGAUCUCACAGGUCUGAUAUGGUUGAUAUGGUCUGAGUCUGAUAGUAAAUGCCACUUCCUGGCAGUGAAAUUUAGUGGCUCGGCCUAAACCCGAGCAAACCAUUCACAGUCAGGGGCUGUGCCGACUCAAAGUUCCGCGCUUUAAUGAUUGAUCCUG